UAAAAGAACGCAACAAUCACUGUACCGGACAUUCUACAGAGCGCGCCAUAAGAGAUCGUGCUAUUUAUGACGAAACUCGCCUCCAUUUAUGACGGGAUUAUGACAGAAGACGUCAAGAUCCAUCCAAAACGAUGUCCUCUAUUAAGAAGAAAAAAAAUGAGGUUGAAAUUAUUUCAAAUGAUAGCAAGAAACAAGAAAAGCCCUCGAUCGAGAGGUUACCAGAUAGCGUUCUACUGCAGGUUUUCUCAUUUCUUUCCCAGCGAAGUCUUUGUAAACUUGCGCUAGUGUGCAAGCGAUGGAGAGACAUCGCAUUUGAUGGCUCGCUUUGGCGCGACGUCAGUCUUGGUGGUCUGCGGCACUACUACAUACGAAGUCUGAUCGGCAAGCCCUUGGGGAGGCAACUUAAGAUUUUAUCCUUGUGGACAUGCACUGUCAGCCCUGAAAACAUUACUGCUUUGUCCAAGCACUGCCAGCAACUUGAGGAGUUCUACCUUCGACGAAACACGAUCAAGAUGCAGAAGAUGAGAAGCCUUAGACGACCGCGAUUUCCGCGGCUUUUGAUUCUAGAUGCCAGGGACCUGCAGGAAAACGCAGGCUUCGUGAUGAAAAUGAUACGAUACACGCCAAGCAUUGAAAAGCUUGCGUUAGACAGCAGCAUGGAUGGUUAUUUUGACUCUUCGGUUUUCGAGAACACGCCUCACUUACAAGCGCUUGACUGCUCGCGUUGUUUAGCUGUGGCCGACAAGGAUUUGGGCGUGGUUGCAAUGUCGUGUCCCAAGCUGGAAUACCUUACCUUGGUUCGAUGUUAUGGUAUCAGUGGCACUAGUUUGCCAAGCAUCAUACGCAGCUGUGUGCGUCUCAAGUCACUUUCCCUCGCUUACACUUCGGUGACAAACGAAGCCUUCCAGUCAUGCAACUUUCAGCACAGCGAGCUGAGAGAGCUUGAUUUGUCUCACUGCCCGGGAGUCAGCAGCACCGGGGUUUUAUCCGUAGUUACUAAACUCAAAGACAUGACUUAUCUUAACGUUAACGGCUGCAGUUACGGAUUCGGCGUAGAUAGACAGAUCCUGCGUGCGUUAACGUGUUACACAUCACUACAAGUACUAGACCGCGACGCACUCGAUACCACUCAAGGCGCUGACGACGACCUCGUCGCUAUCACUGAACGGUGCGCUAGACUCGAAGUUCUACGAAUAAACAAAGGCAUUGCCACAGUAAAUGGACUCAAGCAGUGUCUGAAGAACUUGACGCAUUUAAAGCGUUUCGGUAUCGUUAACUUUAGGCGGGAUUAUUUGGACCGCGGCAUGGAGGUGGAGCACGUGCUCAACGCCUUAGCAAGGUGCUGCUGCAAGCUGGAAGUGCUUGAACUUGGGGACUUUAGAGACAGGGAAAAUCGCAGGAAGAUUAACGCGUUUACAAGACUAAUGCGCAAGUGCCGAGCACUCAACAAGAUCGCGAUCUUUACGGAUAACAGGGACAUGUUCGUGAUGGCUGCAGAAGGGCGGAUCCGAGCCAAGCGAGAAAACAUUCGCCUCAUCCAGCCCACGAUGAUGUGUCCGACCCCUCGCGUCGUUACCCCCCUCCCCACGGGGUGUUUUGACCGGGUAGUGUACGGAGAUCGGUUCUGUACGGAUCACGACGAUCCGUGGAAGGCGAGGUUAUAUUUCUGACCAGUUUGAGAGCCCUUCAAUUAGUUCUUAUUUAACUUUAUUUAGUGCGUAAUUUAUAAGUUAAAUCGUAAUAAAUCAGUAAUAUAGA